UACAGGUCACUUGAUGGCACAAACACUUUGCGCUUGAGGGGCCUUUCAAACUCACCUAGUAGCGCCACUGACAAAGACCUGCUGGUCGUCUGUGCGGAUUUCAGCCAAGAAAACCCUGUGAAGCAAUUCUGCCAUGAGUAGAAAUAGAAUCAGUAGCAGAGGAUUUGAGUUUCUAGAAUUUUGGAGCAACUCUGGCCAGGAGAAGAUGGACCCCGUGGUCCUGAGUUACAUGGACAGCUUACUACGGCAGUCAGAUGUCUCCCUGCUGAAUCCUCCGAGCUGGCUCAAUGACCAGAUCAUUGGGUUUGCCUUUGAGUACUUUGCUAGUAGUCAGUUUUGUGACUGCUCUGACCAAGUCUGCUUCAUCAGCCCCGAAGUCACCCAGUUCAUCAAGUGUACUAGCAACCCAGCCGAGAUCGCGCUGUUCCUCGAACCCCUGGACCUCCCCCACAAGAAAGUUGUGUUUUUAGCCAUCAAUGAUAACUCCAAUCGGGCAGCUGGGGGGACUCACUGGAGUUUGUUGGUUUAUCUCCAGGAUAAAAAUUGCUUUUCUCAUUACGACUCCCAUAGCAGAAGCAACUCAGUCCAUGCAAAGCAGGUAGCUGAGAAACUAGAGGCUUUCUUAGGCAGAAAAGGAGACAGACUGGCCUUUGUGGAAGAGAAAGCCCCUGCUCAACAAAACAGCUACGACUGUGGGAUGUAUGUGAUAUGUAACACGGAGGCCCUGUGCCAGCACUUCUUCAGGCAGCAGCCGGACGCCCUGCUGCAGCUCCUCACUCCUGCCUACAUCACCAAGAAGAGAGGAGAGUGGAAAGAACUCAUCACCAGACUUGCAGAAAAUUAACUGCAGAGGGUCUGUGCAGCUUUUCAAGUGUCUUUCUGCCAGUCCCCAGUUUCUGGUUGACGGCAGUCUCAGUGCCUAAGGGAAGAUGCCUAAUAAAGGAAAGCUUUAGUAAUUCUAUGGUUUUACCCCCAGUUGUCAUCUUCUGCAUUGUCCUCCUGAAAGUUUCACUCUCAUGCUCACUUGAGAGCAGUAUAUUCUGUGGCAGUGGCUUGAAGUUAUCCACCCAAACCUUAAAAGCCUCGUAUCACAGUAAUUAUUACACAUGGCUUUCAAGUAAGGCUUUUCCUGUUGAUAUGAAAGUAGUUCCCUUUUGGUCUCCUCUGUCCAUAUUGGCCUGUUCCAAAGAAAAGUAGAUCACAAAACAUGCAAAAUGGAGAUGGGUGAACCUUAGUGAAAAGGAAAUGACAACUUGGUGACGAGGAGAAAACGAUAGAAAAACCAAAAACCUGUCGUACUCUCUACGUGUCUGAAGAGAUCAAGGGGCUGGAAACAGAAGAAGGCCUAGUAACCUCAGGGUCAGCUGCUCAGUUCUGUGAUCGCUUCACCUUUGCAAACAUUUGGUAAACCAUGUUAGCCCUUGUUCCCCUCCAUCUAAUUCCUGGAAUGCUUUAGGAAAGGAGGGAUCUUGAGUAACGUCAUUAAAGUAAAUGGCUGUGGUGGGCCCUUAGUUUAGGCUGGGACUUGCUACUCUGGGUUGGUAACAACUUUUGCUUGCUUUGUUUGUUAGCCAUGUACCCACUCCCUCCUUAUCCCCAAAGCUCUGUGAUUGUAAAAGCCGUAGCUGAUGACUGCCCAAGAUUACCUGUUAUUUCAUAAAAUAGUCUGCUUGCUUCUUUAUCCUUAA